UUGGACAUAUUGAUGUCGUUUCUCUGCUGGCAGGCACUUCUAGUACUGUUCUUCGAUAAGGUAUCUUCGCUUAUAGACUUACAAGAACUGGAAGGAGCAAAGUAUGGCGUUGAAAUACUGAACACUCCUCUAGCAAUUCGUCAAGUGGUGGAAAAUAGUGUAGACGUCGUGUCGAAGUACGGUCAGCGUUAUCGUUGCAGUUGGCCUGCGUUUGAAGCUACUCGUUCGAAGGAUAAGGAAACUAGCAAGAAUGAAACAGAGGAAACAUCAACAUCUGAUGUAAUUAAGAAGUUGUUGACUCCAAUGGCAGGAGCAUGUCUCACGACGGUCAGUUGGACUUUGGUGGCCGAAUCAUUUGGUCCCUUUGCUAGAGGAGAAGGAGGUCCAGAGGGUGCAUAUUUUGAAUACAGCACCAUGUCUGCAAGUGUGGCAUUAAGAGCAACUGUGGGUGCUCCCAUAGAAGUAUCUGUUGUCGUCCUCAUAGACCGGAUCAUCGUGGGAGUUGCCCACAAGAAGGUACAGGAGCACUUCAUGAAUGAAGGAGAGCGUCUCACACUAUCUCCACAUCACACGCCAGUACGAACUGUCUUAACAACAUGUGAAUGA